AUGGUGAUGCUGGUUCCUGAUGAGGGGCUGGAUCUUGUCUUUCCCUCUUGCUCUUCGGGCAGCCAGAGCUGCUUGAUGAGAGCAGCUCCCAAGCCUUACAUUGUACUAGUGGCCAAAGCGCUCCCACCAGUGAAGCCUGGAGAAAAACCUUCCGAAACCGGUGAAGUCCACCAGCGCAAGGAGGUCUGUCACUGGCCAUGCAGAUGCCCGCCCGUGCCAGCCUGCACUCCCGGGGUAAGCUUGGUGAAGGACGGUUGCGGCUGCUGUAAGGUCUGCGCCAAGCAGUCGGGAGAGACCUGCAAUGAAGCGGACAUCUGCGAUCCCCACAAAGGCCUCUACUGCGACUACUCGGAUGACAAGCCUAGGUAUGAAACAGGCGUGUGUGCAUAUCUGGUAGCUGUAGGAUGUGAGCUCAAUGGAGUUUAUUACCUUAAUGGGCAGACCUUCCAACCUAACCCACUUUAUAAGUGCCUGUGUGUCAGUGGUGCAAUUGGAUGUACACCUGUAUUCACACCCAAACUAGCAGCAAGUCCUUGCACCAGGGUGACGGGCAGAAAGAAGCCUGGACAAUCCAUCUGUGGGCGCGGACCGCACAAACAGCUUCAAUCAACAAACUACAGACUGAUGUCAGCUUACAGAAGCUUACCGCUAGUUUUGAAGAAAAAGUGCCUGGUACAGGCAACUCCCUGGACACCCUGUUCCAGGACCUGUGGCAUAGGCAUAUCCAGCAGAGUGACCAACGAAAACAGAAAAUGUGAAAUGAAAAAAGAAAAGAGGUUAUGCUUCAUCCAGCCUUGUCUGACCAAUAUACUGAAGACAAUAAAGAUUCCAAAAGGAAAAACAUGUCAACCAACAUUCCAGCUUCCUACAGCAGAAAAACUAGUUUUUUCUGGAUGCUCAACUACACAAAGAUACAAACUAACUUUCUGUGGGGUGUGCUUGGACAAGAGGUGCUGCAUACCUAGUAAGUCCAAAAUGAUCACCGUACAGUUUGAGUGCCCCAAUGAAGGCUUCUUUAAGUGGAAGAUGAUGUGGAUAACAUCGUGCGUAUGUCAGAGGAUUUGCAGUGUUCCAGGAGAUAUAUUUUCCGAACUCAAAGUUUUAUGA